AUGGCAAAUAAUUUGAAAAAAGAUCAUUUAAAAAAUUUGGAUCCACAACAAAUAAAUGGGAAACCGAUGAUGCAUAUGAGUCAUGAUGAUUACGAUGAUGAUCAAGAUAUUUACAUAUCAGAACGAUCAUCUAUUGCAUCAUCAAAUGAUAUGAAUCAAGUAUCUAGUUCAAUUGUUAAAAGAUUACCAACACCAACGCCGACACCAUCUUCACUAUUGUCGUUAGCACAAAAGCAACCUCACAAUCUUCGAUAUCAUGGUAAUGAAUUACAAGAAAAUGGACUGCCAACUGCUAUUCAAUGCCAACUUGCACGGAAAGAAGAGAGAAAAAAGAAAAAAACCUUUCAUAAAGCUACACUUGAUCAAGGAACUUUGGCUCCAUUAUCUGAAAUAAAAUCACAAGAAUUAACUGAUAAUUAUUAUCCAUAUUGGGGUUAUUAUAAAUUAAAAAAUCCUGAUCGGAUUACUCAUCAUCGUCAAAUAGUCGAUGGUCAAAUAAUACCAAAUGAAUCACUUGAUCCUUCACAACAUGUUCAUCAGCCUGCAUUAACAACAUCAUCUAUAAAACCAAAACAACAACCACGAAAAUCUCGUCAAAAUGGUGUAUCUAUGAUUCGAUCCAAUCAAGAUAAACAACGUUAUGAUCAUAGUGAAAAAAAUUCGCCAACAUCAUCAUAUUUAACAUUUCAUGAUAUUCAUGAUAGUAAUUAUCAACAACAACAUGUACCUUUCGAAAAUUCUGACCAUGACGACUAUAGAGAACAACCAACAAAACAUACAAUAUCGCAACAACGUCGUAAAUUAAAAACUGAAAAUGAUUCAACUGAUCAUUAUGUGCAAUUACGUACAAGUAAAUCACCUCAAAAUUCAAAUAGUUUAAUAAUAACAUCGAAUUCAUUGACAAAUCGAUCAAAAAAUCGUUCAAAAAUACCAGAAAAAAAUUCUUUAACUUCUGAUAUUGAAGAAAACAAUAAACAUCGUCAUUCUAAACAUUAUCAUCAUCAUCAAGAUCAUACUCAAUCACAUAAUUCUCCUUCGAUUCCUUCUCAACAAAAUCAUCAUCAUCAUCAAAAUCUGCAUAUUCGACGUCGUCCGCCAUCCGGUUCAAAUCAUGGUAUUGAUUUGCAAAUUAUUGAUACGCCAAUUAAAAAAUCCGAACGACCAUCUUAUUUUCAGCAAGGACGAGAAUCAUUUCAUUUACCAACAACACCUAUUUUUAAUCAAAAUUCUUAUUUACCACCCAUCAUACGUGACCAUCAUCAUCAUCAAAAAACAAAUACAACUCGUUUUCCAACUGAAUAUUAUGGUACAUUAGCUCGACAAGCACAUGGUAAAGAUUGGGAAGAACCAAUAGAAAUUACAAAAAUUUAUAAAUCUGAUCCACAAACACGAUUCUAUGAUCGUUAUUUAAAUAAUGUUGUAGACAAAAGACUAGCAGCUUGA